CUGCGCUAGUCCUGACGCGCCCCGCCUUCCCCAGAGGUGCACUCUCAGUCCAGCUGUGCGCCCACGUCGCGAGUCUCAGCCAUGUCCGCCGAGAGAGAGGUAGCCGAGGCGGCCACCGCGGUGGCGGCGGCCGAGGCAGGGGCUGGAGAAGAUGCCUCUUCGCAGCCCCCGAAGGCGGAGGCAGCCUGCGACGCUCAGCCGUCUGCGGCCUCCGAGGGGCCCGCCGCCCCCUCGCCGCCGCCGCCGCUGCUGCGCUGUUUGGUGCUCACGGGCUUCGGCGGCUACGACAAGGUGAAGCUGCAGACCCGGCCGGCCGCGCCCCCAGCCCCGGGGACCGGCCAGCUGACGCUGCGCGUCAAGGCCUGCGGGCUCAACUUCGCUGACCUUAUGGCCCGGCAGGGGCUGUACGAUCGGCUCCCGCAGCUGCCCGUCACUCCCGGCAUGGAGGGCGCGGGCGUGGUGAUAGCUGUGGGCGAGGGCGUAAACGACCGCAAGAUAGGGGACCGAGUGAUGGUGUUGAUCCGGUCAGGCAUGUGGCAGGAGGAGGUGACUGUGCCUUCGGCCCAGACAUUCCUGAUGCCUGAGGCCAUGACUUUUGAAGAAGCUGCUGCCUUGCUGGUCAAUUAUAUCACAGCCUACAUGGUCCUCUUCGACUUUGGCAACCUACGGCCUGGCCACAGCGUCUUGGUACACAUGGCUGCAGGGGGUGUGGGUAUGGCUGCCUUGCAGCUGUGCCGAACAGUGGAGAAUGUGACCGUGUUUGGAACAGCCUCAGCCAGCAAGCAUGAGGUGCUGAAGGAGAACGGAGUCACACACCCCAUCGAUUACCACACGACUGACUACGUGGAUGAGAUCAAGAAGAUCUCCCCCAAAGGUGUGGACAUUGUCAUGGACCCUCUGGGUGGGUCAGAUACUGCCAAGGGCUACAACCUCCUCAAACCCAUGGGCAAAGUAGUCACUUAUGGAAUGGCCAACUUGCUGACGGGCCCCAAGCGGAACCUGAUGGCCCUGGCGCGCACAUGGUGGAAUCAGUUCAGCGUGACUGCUCUGCAGCUGCUGCCGGCCAACCGAGCCGUGUGUGGCUUCCACCUGGGCUACUUGGAGGGCGAGGUGGAGCUAGUCAGCGGUGUGGUGACCCGCCUCCUCGCUCUAUACAACCAGGGCCACAUCAAGCCCCGUAUUGACUCCGUGUGGCCCUUUGAGAAGGUGGCGGAUGCCAUGAGGCAGAUGCAGGAGAAGAAGAACGUGGGCAAAGUCCUCCUGGUGCCUGGGCCGGAGAAGGAGAACUAGGCCGGGGGUUAGGCAACCCUCGGGGCCCGGGAAAGAGAGAAGUUAGGAAGCCAUAUGCUGUUGGCCACCAGACCCUCACUGUUCGGUCCAUCCUCCGUUGCCGCACGUUGCCCUCUCUCCCCGCAAGGCCCCUGUGGCGAUGGCCUCUCCCAUGCCCUGUUCUUUCUCUUUAGUCAGGGCUUCCCCCUCCCACCUUCCUGCCCUCUGAAGAGGUUGGGAAGUGACCACUUGGAUGUCUGGGCCCUGCCAAGGGGACAGGGAGGGUCAGAGGGAGGCCAGCUGCUUCCUGCCCCCACCCUUUCCCCAGGCCCACUGUGCUGCUUUUGUGCCAAGAUUAAGGUUAGCCAGUCCCUUCCCGUCUUGUUCUGUGUGCUUCCGCCUACCCCUCAUCACCCGCCAUGCCCCUGCCCCACACCUCCCCAAAGAAUUGAAAUGUCAGCUCAGGAUAUGGGGCCAAUCUAUGUGAAUCCAGCAUGUCCCUGUGUUGCCCUAGUGUCCCUUCAACCCGGGCCAGCCAGAGUCCCCCUUGUCGCAAGGCCUCGUCCUGUCGCCAACUUCUCGAGCACAAUCGGGCUUCUCCCACCUCCAGGUGUUCUGCCGCUCUCAACCAGAGGUGCCUCUUCCAACUGGGGCGGGAGUCAGACCUGCCCCCUCUGUGGGAGGGACGUGGAGCCCCCUCAGCCCUCACUGAGUUCUCUGGAUUUGCUCUCAGUGCCUUAGCAAAGGAAAUCUUGCUUGUGUAUGUGGGGGUCCCUGCCUCACACCUCCUCCCCGCCUUGUCCUCCCCAGUGCCUUCCUUGUUCUGCUGGAGCUGGGAUUUCGCUGCUCCCCAGUCCCACAACACUGCCAAAAAUCUGUGUGUGUGCCAGUGGGUGGGGGGCCAGCCCCUAGCCUCCUGGGGCCUGGGCCAUGUCCUGUCUCUGGGGCCGUCGUUUCUCUGUGGUGGUGGAGGAGAAAGAGGCAGGGGAGCUUUCCCAACCUUGCAGCUAAGUGUGGCAUUUACCAGCCAGAGCUCUGAGAGACGAUGCCAUCUGUGUCUUGUUCUGGGACCAACGUAAAAAUCAAAGCACAUUCUCCCUGCCGUCAAGGGAGGCAGCUUUUCAGUCAGCCCCAGACUUUGUUUACGUGGGUAAGGAGAUAGAAUAGGGGUUCAAAGUGGGGUGGUUUAGGACCUGGGCCACUGGAACCAAAGUGGGGACUUCCUGGGGCAGGGGUACAGUAGCUCCCUCUGCCCUGGGAUCUGGGAUGAGGGAGGGUUAUUGCCCGAGCCAUUGCCAAUGGGAGGUGAGGGGGAGGGGCUCAGCCUCUUCAUCGUCUGAAUGAGGCAGAAUAACAUGUGAAGUGUGAUUGUUUUCGCUUUUGUGUACCACCCCAUUACCGAAGCUGCCUUUGUGUUUGUGUCAAUAAAACACCAAACCCUG